AUGAUUAGAGGGUCUCAAGAACUAGCACACAAACUCCGAUGCGGGGAAAUCCUCUCAGUCUCUAUUUUCCUGCUGGCACUCACUCACUCACUUCUGAACCCUCAACCUACCCAUCACCUCAUCACAACCAUGUCCUCACCAUCCCCCUGGCUCUCCGGCACCCACUCCGGUCACGUUUCCGUAGAUGGCAUUCAGAUAUUCCUCUCCGCCUCCGGCCCCGCACGACAAACAAUCAACAACACCGUCCAGCCCGCCGUAAUCAUCGAAGCCGGUCUGGGCAGCAGUCACAGCGAAUGGGUCGUAGUGCAGCGCCUCAUCGCCGAACGUGCCCGUGUAUACACCUACGACCGAGCCGGGUACGGCCUAAGCGAUAUGUCUCCGCGCGAACCCACGGCUCAGAACCGCGUGUACGAAUUGUCUCGAUUACUGGAAGUAGCUGGGAUCGAGCCACCCUAUGUGCUGGUCGGGCAGUCAUACGGCGGGGUUCUGAUCCGGGAGUUCCUUCGCGUUCAUACGAAGUCGAAAGUGGCUGGGAUGGUGAUUCUCGAUGUGGUCUUGGGGUUAGAUUUGAAUCACGCGUUUUCGGCGGAGGAGUAUCAGAAGGUAAAGGAAGAUGAGAAAAGGAAUGAGGCUAUGUUUGGUGAUGAAGAGGAGUUUGUGGCUAGGAGUAUGGAGAUGGUUAAUGACGGAUUGCCGGUGGGGUCUCAGGCGAUGGGCGAUGGACGGUUGAGUGUGGUGUUUGGGAAUCGGUCGAUGGAUUUUCGCAAGGUUUUGGAGUUUGGGGUUGCUAAUGGGUAUGGUACUGAGGAGGUGAGGGAGAGUCGGUUCGUUUACGCGCAGGGCAAGGCGAUGACGCAUAAUGUGCAUUAUGUGGCUCCAGAGCUGAUUCGUGAUGAGGUCUUCUGGGUGCUGGGGCUGACGGAUCGGUAG